AGCUCUGUUAUAAUUUAAAAUGCAAUCGAACAGCAAACAUUUAUUGAGCACUUAUAAUGCGUUAUGCACUGUUUUAAGGACCUCACCUAACACCAUCUCUCUCCACUCUUCCAACAUCCCUGUGAAUUAGGUGACAUUAUGUCCGUUUUACAGAUGAGGAAACAGGCACAGACAGGUGACUGGCCCAAGGUCACACAUCUAAUAAAAUAGUGCAAUUUUAACCCAGGCAAGGUACAGAACUAUAGGGGAUGACCCAGUAUCAAGUUUCCCUUUUGUUUUAGUUUUGGUUCCCUGAUAGCAAGUCUGAGACUUGAGUGUAAGUCGUUUAUGUGGGAGGUGAUCCCUGGAAGCAGAAGUAAGGGGUGGGAGGAAUGGGACAGAGGGUGUGUUAGUGAAGUCAGUUGUAGCAAUAGGGCUGAGUACUUCUGGUCUCUGAGAAGGUUCCAGAAAGAUCUGAAUGGUCUAGAACACCUCUCCGAAUCAUCCACCUGUGACAGUACAAGACUGGCAUUUACUCACCGGCUCCUGCCCCCAUUAGUGAAUGGCCUGGCACCUCUGGAAUGGGCAGAGCUCCCACAGGGAUGCCCCAUCUAUCAAAUGGGGAUGGAGAUAACAGACUCGUCUCAUAAAGCUGUUGGGUUCCAUGAGUUAAUAUAUGUAAAGCACAUCAAACCAUGCUGGGCACAUGGAAAGCACUCAGUAAUGUAUGCUGUGUAUGACCUGAGGGAAGAGCGUUCCAUACAGAGGGAACAGCAAAUGUAAAGGGCCUGAGGCCAGGACACAUUCGCUGUGGAGGAGGCACAGCAAGGAGGCCAGUGUGACUAGAGUUGACUCCAGGGCUCGAGGAGUGGAAGGUCAGAAGGUGUGAGCCACUGUAUCCAGCCAGGAAAGGUUUCUUCACUCUUAAAAAGAGGCUCGAAGGGAUGUCCUAACUUCCACUUGUGGACAUUCGCAUGAAAUGAUGUGAUGUUUUGAGCUACAGUAGCCAUCUUGGGACCAUGAGGGGCACACCGCAGGAUAACAGAACACCAAGGAUGAUAGCACAAAAGGAUAGACAGAACCAGGGUCUUUUUUUUUUUUUUUUCUGAGAGAGUCUCACUCUGUCACCCAGGCUGUAGUGCAACGGCAUGAUCUCAGCUCACUGCAACCUCUGCCUCUCGGUUUCAAGCAAUUCUCCUGUCUCAGCCUCUGGAGUAACUGGGACUACAGGCGCGCGCCACCAUGCCUGCCUAAUUUUUGUACUUUUGGUAGAGACAGGGUUUCACUAUGUUGGCUAGGCUGGUCUCGAACUCCUGGCCUCAAGUGAUUCGCCUGCCUCAGCCUUCCAAAAUGCUGGGAUUACAGGUGUGAGCCACCGGGCCCAGCCAGAACUGGAGUCUUUGGUCACAUUGUUCAACUGCCUCUUUACCAACCUUGGACAUACCUACCUCCAAACAUUUUCUUAUGUGAGAAAACAAACCUUCUUAUUGCUUAAGCCAUUUUGAAUUGGGCCAUAGAUAUCUUAACACAGAGAAUUUGAUACCAGGAAAUGAGGCCUCCCUGGGUACACCAUGAUGAAAGAAUCAGGCCAGAGCUCCACUUUUCCACUCUAGAAACUGUUAUCCUGCCAUUCUUACUUCCUGUAAUGAGGAAGACGUUUUAGAAGGGAUAACUUCCCUCUUGAUGAAAUUCUCUAAUUCUUAAUAAUUCUGGGGCUGAGGUGUGGGUGUCAGUUCUACUUCUUGAAAUAAAGUAUCAUUUAGCUGCGCACGGGAAUUAUGUUUCGAAAGGGAAAGGCUCGAGUCUUGGUCUCAGUGCUCUAAGGUUUUGUGAGAGACUAAGAACCCAAAAUAAAUGAUCUUCAACAGCAAAAUGGAUGUUAUGCAAUUCACAGAGCACUAUGAGCACUCUCUCAAUUCACACAACUUUGAGUGAUGGGCAGCAUGACUUCAUUUUACAGACGGGGUUCAGAAAGUGUCAGCAACUGGUGGAAGGCAAAGUAGAAACUCCUGGCUCCCUCCUUCGUCUCCAGUUUUCUCCAGCUGGCAGGGUAAGUAUGCAUUCCUCCAUGUUCGUGCCAUUCAGGUUGAGAAGGAAGACAAGCAAACCAGACAUGCUUGUCUUCGACCGAGUCUGGGAUCGUCCACCUUCCUGCUUGGAGUUGGUGGUUAAGUGGCCCCACAGUUUGGACUCGUGUGACCUGACUUUCAUUUCAGCUGACCUUGAACAGCGGGUCUAUAACUGCACCUACUUCCAGUAGUGUUGUAAUGACACAGACAGUGUGGAACUUGAAGGCAGGGCCCACACAUUGUCAGCGCGACUCCUGAGGGCUCCGUGUGACAGUCACUGUUGCUGAACCAAGGCAGCCAACGGUGGGGUAGAAAGCGGACUCUGGAGCCAGACCGUCUGGAUUUGAACGCGGAUUCGGCCACUUACUAGUUCCAUGAUCUUGGGUAAAUCACUUAAACCUGUGUCUCAGUCUCCUCUUCUGUAACAUGGGAAUAACAAUCAUACCUUCCUUGCAGGGUUGUUUUGAGGUUUAGAUAGGUUAAUACACGUGCAAAAUGUUCGGAACGACUCCAGACACAGCCGGCACCAGACGGGAAGUGGAACCGUGGGUGGGGAUCAUAACCUCGCUGGCCAGGAACCCCACCCAGCAGCGGGGCAGCAGCGCACCGCGGGCUUUGCCGACUCAUCCCGGCUGGGCAGGUCCGCCGCGCUCUCCGCCCCCGCCCCCACGGCCUAAGUCAGCCCGGCCGGUGCGUCACCCGCGCCCCUCCCGCCCCGCGACCUGCAAACUCACCCUGAGUCAGCCCGCCCGGGCGUUUCCACUCCCCGGACGCCGCGCGGCGGAGGGGAGGCGAGAGGCGCCCCCCGGUGGAGAGCCGGAGCCCCGCGCGAGUCUGGCCGCACCUGGCGAGCGGAGCCGGAGUCGGGCUGGGGACCGCGGGGUUGAGGCCGGACCACGGCGGGGUCGGGGGAGAAACGCGCGCCGCCCUGGCACGGGCCCCCCCCCUCCCGGCCGCGCGGAAUGGUAUGGCCCGGCCGGAGUUAAGGCCGGGGGAGGCGGCGAGUCCCGCGGCGGCGGCGGCGGCGGCGGCGGCGGCCACGGUGGCGGCGACGAUGGGGCUGCGUGCAGGAGGAACGCUGGGCAGGGCCGGCGCGGGUCGGGGGACGCCCGAGGGGCCCGGGCCGAGCGGCGGCGCGCAGGGCGGCAGCAUCCACUCGGGCUGCAUCGCCGCGGUGCACAACGUGCCGCUGAGCGUGCUCAUCCGGCCGCUGCCGUCCGUGUUGGACCCCGCCAAGGUGCAGAGCCUCGUGGACACGAUCCGGGAGGACCCAGACAGCGUGCCCCCCAUCGAUGUCCUCUGGAUCAAAGGGGCCCAGGGAGGUGACUACUUCUACUCCUUUGGGGGCUGCCACCGCUACGCGGCCUACCAGCAACUGCAGCGAGAGACCAUCCCCGCCAAGCUUGUCCAGUCCACUCUCUCAGACCUAAGGGUGUACCUGGGGGCAUCCACACCAGACUUGCAGUAGCAGCCUCCUUGGCACCUGCUGCCACCUUCAAGAGCCCAGAAGACACACCUGGCCUCCAGCAGGCUGGGCCAUGCAGAAGGGAUAGCAGGGGUGCAUUCUCUUUGCACCUGGUGAGAGGGUCUGACUCUGGGCACCCCUCUCACCAGCUACAAGGCCUUGGACUCAUUGUAUAGUGUGGGAGCCCCAGUUCCCACCUCUGUGACAAUAGGAUCAUGGCCUUACCCUUGAAGCAUUACUGAGAAGGUGAAAUGAGAACAGAGAUGGGCUUGAAGAGCCAUGUGCUGCCGGCUCCAAAUUCCCAAGGACAAGGAUCCCUCUGCAUUUUUGUCUAUGUAACCUCUUAUAUGGACUACAUUCAGCUGCAAGGAAAGGAAAACCUUGAUUGCCGUGGUUUAAACAAACAGAAGAUUGUUUUUCCACAUAGCAUGGAUUCUGGAGAUGGGUGGCUGAUGGUAUUGGUUCAGCAACUCCACGAAGGUAGGGGUCACAUCUUGGAUCCUUUUGCCUUAAUCUCAGUGCUCGUUACUUCAUGGUCCCAAGAUGGCUGCUGUAUCCCCAAGAAUCAUGUCUGCAUUCAAGGAAGGAGGGGUGGAGGAAGAGGAAGGGCCAAACUAGCUGGACCUGUCACCUUCUGUCAGAAAGUAAAACCUCGUCAGCAGUCUGUUUCCUGCUCUCUCCCUCUGCAUAUUUUCACUUAGAUGCCCUUGGCCCGAGCCAGCUACCAUUGCACCUCUAGCUGCAAACAAAGCUAAGACAGCAGGGAACAGAAUUGUCAUGGCUGAAUAGACCAAUCGUGUUCCAUCUACUGAGACUGGCACACUGCCUCCUGCAAUAAAACUGGGAUCCCAUUACCAAGAGAGAAAUGAAGAAUUGUGUACCAGUUAGCUUUUGCUGUGUAACAAACCAUCCCCAAACUUGGCAGCUAGAAACAAAGCCUGUAUUUUCCCACAAUCCUAUGGGUUGGCAAUUUGGGCUGGGCUCAACAGGGCAGUUCUGCUGUUCCCACCUGGGAUCCCUCAUGGAGCUAAGGUCAGCUGUUACCUCAGCUGGGCCUGGAUGGUCUAGGAUAGCCUUACUCACUUGCCUGGCAGGUGACAGGCUGUUGGCUGGAAUUGCUUGGUUCUCCUCCAUGUGGCCUCUCCAGCAGGCUAGCUCAGGCUUAUUCACAUGAUGGCUUCAGGAUUCCAAAGAGAGUGAAAGUAGAAGCUGAAAGACUUCUUGAGUUCUUGGCCUGGAACUGGGACUAGGACAGUGUCACUUCUGCUAAGUUCUUUUGGUCAGAGCAAAUCACAAGGCUUUGCCCAGAUUCAAGGGGUGAGAAACAGACUACAUGUCUUGAUGAGGGGAACCACAAAGAGCUUGUGGCCAUUUUUCACCUAUCACAAAUAAUUUUGGAUGGGUAUUUAUUUGGAUAAAGGUAUUUCCCUCUUCCCCCUUUCUCUCUGUCUCAUGGGGCCUCACUCUGCCAAGUCGGAAGGCACUAAGACAUUGUCCUGGCCCUCAGGGUCUAGGGGAAGAGGUGGUGGGGCAGGAAGUGAGUCUCUCCAUGGGCUGGACCCACUGUAGUAGGGGUACUUCCUUGUCUGCACUGGUGGUACGGGGUUAGGCCAGGUAGGACAUUCCAGAGGGGCUUCUGAAAACCAAGAGUCCCUGGGGAAAGGGAACAGAGUGAGGCAGGCCUUGUUCUCACAGCCUUCUAAGGGAACUUGGUCACUCGGCACUUUUAAGCCUCAGUUUCCCCAGUUCAAUAAUAAGGACAAGAGCUUUUCCCAUGCAUUCUCUUUCCCCGGGAAAGUUGACUGAGGUGAGCAGUAAUAGAAUUGAAAAGGGAGAGUGUCCUCAAUGCAAUGUGGCAUCCUGGAUUGGAUCUUGGAACAAAAACAGGACAUUAGUGGGAAAACUGGAAAUCUGAAAAAAGUCUGAAUUCUAGUUAAUAUACCAAUUUCAGUCUCUUGGUUUUGACAGAUGUACCAUGGUGAUGUAAGAUGUUGACCUUGGGGUAGGCUGGGUGAAGGGUAUACAGGAACUCUUUGUACUAUCUCUGCAACUUCUCUGUAAAUCUAGUAUCAUUCCAAAAUAAAAGUUUAUUUAAUUAAAAAAAAA